CCUCGCAUAUUUCAUUCGUGUUCGAUUGCUCAAACUGGCAACUUGACAUAGGAGAACAAACUUUCCUUUCGGUUUAUUAGUUCGCGUUUUGAAAGUAGAUAAUUUGGUGAUUGAGAGUCAAAAGUGUGUAAAAUUAGAGAGAAAUGGCAUCGUUUCACUAUAUGAUAAUGAUAGUUGCAUGUGCAACCGUUUUCGCAAUGAUGUUUCAUCAAGGUGAAGCAAUAAAAUGCUUUGUAUGUAAUAGUCAUAAUGAUACAAGAUGCGCCGAGAAGCCACCACCUGAAGACCUUAAUGUAGAUUGCAGUACAACAAAAGGAGGAUCAAAAUAUACUUUCUGUCGGAAGAUUAUUCAAAUUAUUGAAUUUUCAGUCAACAACUUGCCACCUGAUACAAGAACAAUUCGCGGUUGUGGAUGGGAAGAGGGAAAUUAUAAAAACAAAUGUUACCAACGUUCAGGCUUUGGUGGUCGUCAAGAAGUCUGUGCUUGCGAUAAAGAUGGAUGCAACGGUGCAGCAACAGUCAAAGCCACAUUUGGUGUUCUAUUAGCAGCAGUUGUCGUGUUUUUCGCUCGCGCUUAAGGAUUUUUCAACUUAUUCGAUCUUCAAGGUUUCUUUGUUCUCUAUCGCUCGGUUUCUUAGCAGUUCAUUUUAAGUUAGAAACUAUUUUCACACAUAUGAAAUCGAGAAAAUCGUAGAAAUAUUGCUCAAAAGCCAUGAAAUGUAAGAAUUGAAAAAUUAUGAAUCGUAUAGCAAAUAUUUAAUGAAAAUCAUAAGUUCUACCUACUUAGAGCUUUAAUUAACGAAUAGUUUUAUCUCGUAAGCAUGGAGAAGCUAAUUGAAUGAAUAUGAAUGACUUCACAACAUGAAGGAAUAUAAAUAUUUCUGUUAAUUGGUACAUUAAGAUGACGUAUGCCUAAAUCUGUUAAAUAAUAAAAUCUUUGUGUUGACGAUAAUUGAAGGAUGUAGUCGACGAUUAGGCCAAAUAAAUAGUAGCUGUUAGUCAAUUCUUUUGAACAUUUGAAUCUGUGUCCACAAUACACUUGACCAUAACUAAAUACCUAUUUUACUGUAAUUGCCUAUCCUUCUAUACCUACUUUACAAUUACACAAAUUUACAAACUACAAAAAUAUCUAAAUGAAAGAAACAAACUGAUGUUUUGAAUUGUUUAUUCCUCUUGAGAUUUUUUCACAAUGCAGCUGUUGUUGUUACCAGAAUAAAAAAAACUUUGAAUAAAAUUCAUUUCGAAAAAGAAGAAAAGA